AUGAACAGCCCCAGCGCAAGUUCGUUUGCCCUGAAAACGGCGAAACCAUACCAAUUUAGGUUUGACCCUACUACUACAGCUCUGGCCAUCAUCGAUGUUCAACGUGACUUUGUUGAUCCCAAAGGCUUUGGAUCGGUACAGUGCGGAGAUGAUGAGGUAUUCGCCUCGGUGAGGAAUGUCGUUCCAGUCAUCAAGAAAGUCCUUGAUACGUCCCGAGCUCUCGGCCUUCAUGUUGUCCACACUCGGGAAGGGCACAAGCCUGACCUAUCAGAUUUGAGCUCCAGCAAGAAAGAAAGACAAAUGAACGCUCCUGAUGGCCACCACGGCACUGGAAUCGGCGAUCAAGGCCCGAUGGGAAGGCUACUCGUGCGUGGCGAGUACGGCCACGACAUCGUGGACGAGUUGAAGCCCUUGCCCGAGGAGAUAGUCAUCGACAAACCUGGAAAGGGUUCCUUUUGGGCCACUGACCUCCACCGAGCUCUUAUGGCACGUGGAGUUACCCAUCUGAUUCUUUGUGGCGUGACUACCGAAUGUUGCGUCACUACAACAGCGCGCGAGGCCAAUGACCGUGGAUUCGAGUGUUGUAUUCUUCGAGAUGGAACGGGAGGGUUUAAUCCAGCUUUUGUGGCGAAUUCAUUGGACAUGAUUUCUUCAUAUGAUGGACUCUUUGGGUUCACAGCCGAAAGCGAAGAGUUCCUUGCUCUGGGACCGGCUUUGAUCACUGAUGUUACGACGCCACCAAUCACACCUCCAGAUAUCGCAAAUAUCAAUCUGGACUUUGAAAGCUUGCGACAACUGUACAAAGGGCGUGCGUUUCAUCCACCGGACGUUAUGCAGAGUGUCCUGAGCCGUAUCAAAGACUAUGAACAGACCAACCCCAAUGUUUGGAUACAUCUACGAAACGAGCAGGAAAUCAUGGCAGAUGCCGAAGUUUUAAGGCAAACAUAUUCAGACGUGCCGACUGAAAAGCUCCCUCUCCUCUACGGCGUUCCUUUUGCGGUCAAGGACAACAUAGAUGUUGCUCAUCUCCCUACUACUGCUGCCUGCCCGGAGUACAAAUAUGUUCCAACCGAGUCGGCCCCAGUAGUUUCGCUCCUGGUCGCUGCCGGCGCUAUUCUGAUUGGAAAAACAAACAUGGAUCAAUUAGCUACAGGACUAAGUGGCUGUCGAUCACCAUAUGGAAAUCUCAGAAGUGUGUAUGGGAAUGGACGGAUUUCAGGUGGCUCCUCGUCUGGUUCAGGCGUCGCCGUCGCAGCCAAGUUGAUAACUUUUGCACUUGGUACGGACACAGCUGGGAGUGGCCGUGUGCCAGCUGCAUUGAACGGCAUUGUGGGCUUUAAGCCAACGAAGGGUACAAUCUCAGCUCGAGGCGUGGUUCCAGCCUGCCGGAGCUUGGACACCGUCUCUAUCUUUUCCGAAACUGUCCAAGACGCUCGGAAGGUUUGGCACAUAUUAGACCAGCCAGAUGAUGACGAUGUCUUUUCGAAAGACCGCAAAGCCCUGCCACUAUCAUUAUCAAAUUACCACGGUGUUCCUGGCAAUUUCGCUUUCUGCACUCCACCUGAGUCCGCUCUGAAGUCGGUUUUGCCAGAGUAUCGUAGGUGUUUUGAUGCGGCCAUCACUGCGAUGGAAAGCAUUUCGAGUAAAAAACGCACAUGCUUAUCCGACGAGGCUUAUGAACCGUUUAACACAGCCACUGAACUUCUUUAUAAAGGGACACUGGUCCAAGAAAGAAUUGCAUCUAUUGGCUAUGAAUUUCUCAGCCAGAAAAUGGAAACACUCCACCCAACAAUCAAGACCCUUUUCCAAGAUGUCUUCAAUAGGAAUGAGCCUGCAUGGAAGGUAUUCCAGGACCAAGCUCUUCAGAAGGAAGCUACAAGAAAGGCCGAAAGACUGUUUGGGUUGGGCCACCUCCGUGAUGUGUCAGACGCCUUUGACGUGUUAGUGGUUCCGACUGUUGGAUGCCAUCCUACCAUAGAGGAAAUGGAGGCCGAACCACUCACUUUGAAUGCACAGUUAGGUACAUUCACUCAUUUUGCCAAUGUGCUUGACCUUUGUGCCAUAUCCGUUCCUUUUGGGUGGACUGAUGGAGGCCUGCCGUUUGGACUGGGGCUGAUUGCUGGCAAAGGAAUGGAUGGAAGGUUGCUAGAUAUUGCUAGAACGAUUGAAGCGAAGAUGAAUAGGAAGCAGUAG